AUGUCGAUGUCGGCAUCGGCAUCGACGUCUACCUCGCCUACAAGUUCGAAUGUGCACCCCCACCUUGAGAACAACGAUGAGAAGAACAGUGUCGUAAUCAAGGUCGGGAUGGUGGGCGACUCACAGAUCGGCAAGACGAGUCUGAUGGUCAAAUACGUCGAGGGAAGCUUUGACGAGGAUUAUAUCCAGACGCUGGGCGUAAACUUUAUGGAGAAGACCAUCUCCGUCCGGCGAACGACGAUAACGUUCUCAAUAUGGGAUCUUGGCGGCCAGCGCGAGUUUGUGAACAUGCUACCGCUCGUGUGCAAUGAUGCGGUAGCAAUACUGUUCAUGUUUGAUUUGUCGAGGAAGAGCACGUUGAAUUCCGUCAAGGAGUGGUACCGGCAGGCGAGGGGAUUUAACAAGACAGCGAUACCCUUCCUGAUUGGCACCAAAUUCGACCAAUUUGCGACUUUCCCUAGAGACGAGCAGGAAGAGAUCACGAAGCAAGCGAAACGCUUUGCGCGAGCCAUGCAUGCAUCCCUCAUCUUCUGCUCCACGUCCUCGUCAAUAAACGUGCAAAAGAUAUUUAAAAUCGUUCUGGCCAAGGCAUUUGACCUCAAGUGUGUGAUUCCGGAAAUCGAAGGUGUAGGCGAGCCGGUGCUGAUUUAUGUUGAUGUAUGA